UACCAGUGCAAGAAGGCGGACAGACUCAUGUCAUGACAGCGUUUGAGAAACGGAGUGAUACAGCAAGAUUGGACUAAAACAAUGAAUUAUCGUAAUGGAUUAACCAGUUUGCAUGACAGUUGAAAGGAUAUAAUACUAGUAUAACAACUGUGCACCGCUACAGGAUUGCUUGUUUUUGUUUUUUCUUUCAUCAAUUCAUUAAUGCGAGACCCUACAGUCUGUCUAUGAUGGAGCUUGGAAGCUGACUUCCUUUCUGUAAAGUAUACGCAUUGGAUGUGUGUUUCUUAACCUGUUUAUGUUACAAUCCUAGAAAAUCAGAUAGAGAUUAUUUAAAGCGCUAUAACUACGUUAUGUUGGCUUGUGUGUGAGACGGACCAUAGCUACGAACAAACGCGUCAGUGUCUGGCUGGCAAGCAAGCACAUCAGCUGACGUUAGCUAGCAAGCUAGCUAGCUAGCUAGCAUACGGCUGCUUAGCCGACUGUACAACGGAAACGAAAGCAUUCUUGUUUUCGACGGGGGCGUUUGAAAAUCCCGAAACGUUAACCUGAUAUUAAUUGGUUAUAAUUAUAACCAGGUAAACUAAAUUAGUUGGAUAGUAGCACCUGUUAACAAUACCUUUGUCAAAACGGCGGCGUUAACAAAGUGCAACAGUAUUCGAGACUGUCACAGACUAGUUACCCCCCGGAAUCUUUCAGAAUGCAUCAUCCGGAUUCUGCAGACUCUGGCAGUGUUAGAAAGAUGGCGCACCCGGCAAUUUUUCCUAGAAGGGGUAGCAACACCGGUAGCGGGAGUGGCUCCACGUCUACACCGGCAUGUUCGGGUGUUAACAAUAGCCACGUCCCGGCCGAAGAUUAUCCAUCCUCCCUUUUGACCCAGUCUCAACCCCAAGCCGGUUCGUCAUCUCCUGGGAGCCAGCACCCUCCGCACAGCCUAAACUUGCACUCCCAGCCUCUGCCCGCCCAGUCAGUUGGGGCACAGAUGAAGAAGAAGAGCGGCUUCCAGAUAACCAGCGUGACUCCGGCCCAGAUCUCGGUGAGCACCAAUAACAGCAUUGCGGAGGAUACAGAGAGCUAUGACGACCUGGAUGAAUCCCACACAGAAGACCUGUCCUCGUCUGAGAUCCUGGAUGUUUCUCUCUCUCGAGCAAACGAGAUUGCUGGGGCAGAGAGGAGCUCCUCUGAGGAAACGCUUAAUAACUUUCAUGAAGCAGAGACCCCAGGAGCAGUCUCUCCCAACCAGUCCCUUCACCCUCACUCUUUAACCCAGGCUCCCCAACACGGAGGGACUAUGGUAAAUGGGACUGUGCAUCAUCAUAACCACCACCACCAUCCUCACCAAGCCCAGCCCCACAACCCCUCCUCCGGGACUGGGCUGACCGCCUCUGCCCUCACCUCUGGAGCAUUUACAAGCAUUGCCCAGAAAAUGCCUUCAAACAUGGGGGCCACAUUGGAGAGUGUUUCAGUUGGCCUGCCGAGUGUUGCUGCCCAGCCUGUAGUGGCAGUUGCCCCAGGACCUGUCCCUGGAAUGCACAGCUCUGCAACUGGCGCUACCGUUAGCAUAGUUAAUCCCCUGACCAGCAAUGUAAGUAAUGUGAAUGUGUUGAGCUCUGCCAAUGUGCCUGUGAUGGGGGGUGUCAGUACCAGUGCUAGCAGCAGUGGUGGCUUUUCUCCCAGCAUAAUGACUAACAGUGGAGGUGGUGUUGUCAUGGGCAACAGUAUCAGUAACCCCAACAUAACCAUGAUCCAACACCAAAGUGGAGUCGUCAACUCCAGCAUCAACAUGACAACCGGCACCGCCGCUGCUGCCUGUUCCCCUACAGUGAUGGGACUUUCCAAUGUCAGCAAUGCUGGAGUUCCUGGGAGGACCCCACCUGGGGUUACCCCAGGAUCAACCAUAUCCCCAGCACAAGCCCAAGUCCCCUCUUCACAACCGUCUCCAGCAUCUGUCCCUGCCGCUGCCAGCUCCCGCUUCAGGGUAGUCAAAUUAGACUCCAGCUCUGAACCAUUCAAGAAAGGCAGAUGGACAUGCGCCGAGUACUACGACAAGGACAUCCCGGCUUCUGCAUCUGCCUCUCUGGAUUCUGUCGGCCCCAGCGCCCGGGCAGCGGAGGCCGUGCGUCAGUUUGCCCCAGAGAGUAUGUCCACUUUGGGAACAGAGAGAGAGAGCACCAGUGGGAGUUCUGUGAGCAGCACGUUAAGCCACUAUGCUGAGAGUGUGGCCAGUGGGGAAACAGGGGGUCCUUUACCCCCUCACCUCCCAGCCCAGCUACAGGAUUAUGCCUCUUCUCCUCAGGGAGUCCAAGCUCCCCUUGCUGGCUUCCCUAUGGCAGUGUCCCAUACCCAGCCUCACCUGCACCUCCAGGAUAUGACCCAUGCACACCUGAAGACCACGAUGGCCCCCUCCAAUCCCGCCAGUGUUCACCAGCCAGUACCCAUCAGUAUGGUUGGCCUCCAGACCACCAUGGGGCACCCCAACCCACCCAUGUCCCAACAGCAGCUCACCUACGCCCAGGCAGCUGCUGUCCAACUUCCAGGCUCCACCCAGGGCCUUGCGGGUGUUCACCCGCAGCAUAUGGGCUAUGCCGCCCCCCAUCAGCACUCUGCUGCUCCCCAAGCAGGCCCUGUACUCAUCAGGCCUCUGAGCCAGGGAGGCAGCUUAGCUCCAGACUACCCCCAGACGCUUCCCCAGUCUGCCACCUCUCAGCCUCUGCCCCAACUGACUGGAUCGGCUUCCUCUGGGCCUGGGAAUGGGUCUGCGCAGAUCAUGGGAGCUCAGCAGCAGCAGCCACCAGUGGUCUCCAUGGUCCAGCCACAGGUCCAAGCUUCCCCUCAGAGUGUCCUACAGCAGGCGUCCUCCCUCCAGGCCUCCACGGGAGGGAUGGUCCCUCAGAUGGGUCUGGUAGGGACAGGGUUGGGGCAGCCGCCGCAGAGCCACUCUAUUCCCCUGGAGCAGCAACAACAGACACAACCGCUGCCAGUUCACGCCCAAGGCAUCAGCACCCAGCUGCCCAACCCAGUCCCUCUCAGCCAGGUCACGUCCCAUGUGCCUCCUCCCAACCCUCAGAGCGACCCCCAGUCCCAGGGCCAGGUCCAGAAUGGCAGUGGGGGGAUGGUUCAGUCUCAACUCCCUAGGGUCAACAUGGCCCAGGACUUCAGCAGUGCCAACGCUCAUGCCCAAGCCGUUGCUGCCCAGACCAGUGCCCUCUACGCCAGCCUGCCCUCCUUCACCAGCACCCAGCUGGAGGACGCCCAGCGGCUGCUCCUCCAGCACCAGUCGGCCCUGAUGGGAUUCCCCAAGCUGGCUGGAGAAGGAGGGGCUGGGGCAGGAGCAGGCCAGGGAACAGAGGGCAGCACUGGGGUUAGUGCCUUAACCGCCUCAACUGGAUUCUUCAAGGCCGUGGAUGGAGACGAUGACGGUUCGUCGGGUGCCAGUGUUGUGGCCAUAGACAACAAAAUCGAACAGGCAAUGGACCUGGUGAAGAGCCACCUGAUGUAUGCAGUGCGUGAGGAGGUGGAAGUGCUCAAGGAGCAGAUCAAGGAGCUGAUUGAGAGGAACUCGCAGCUGGAGCAGGAAAACACUCUACUGAAGAAGCUGGCCAGCCCAGAGCAGAUGGCCCAAUUCCAGGCCCAGGUCCAGACAGGCUCGCCCCCAGCCCCCACACAGGCGCCGGUGCCACAGCCCAGUGGCCCGGCCCAGCCUGCAUCACACAACUCUGGGCCUUCUGCGUAGCACAACCCUUCACCUCCUUGGAGAGGGGUGGUCCACAUUUACAGACUGACUGACAGACAGACCUGCUAUCGCUGCAGAGCUAGCCUGCUACCACAGCAGGAGCCUACGCUGUUAAGACAAGAAUUUGCACAUGUUUAACUCUCCAGAUGAACAGAACGAGGGGGGGGGGGAGGAUCGUCAUGCAAAGCUUUAAACACGCUAUCAAGGACAAUCUGAGAGCGAAGACAGGAGAUAGGAGUCCUGUUAACAGAGAAUGAACUUUGCCAGAUAAAUUCAUGGACGUGAAUUGUUGCCGAUUUGUCUGACGGUGGUAAAGAAAGCAAACCAGACAGGUGGACAUUUCUCCAGGAAAAAAAAAAAAGUAUCACUGUGCCGGUGUCAAUGGAUUCGAAGUGAUUGUGCUUGUACUUCAGUAGUGGGGUGGGGGUGGUGAGGAUUGUAUUGGCUUGUGUUGUCACCACGCUUUGCAGAACGCCGCAGUGUACAUACAGGGGUUUUAUCCCCGGGCCAGGAGCUUUAGAGAGACAGAGGGAAACAAAGGCGGAUUUACGGAGGAAGGGGCGAGGAAGAGAGAACCUCGCGUAGUGACUAAGUAAAGAAUGACCAGGAUUAUCAUCAUAAAACGUGAGUCCCCAUCUGGCAUGGGGCAAGAGGGGACGGGGGACGGGGACGGGGACGGGGGCUGGAGUGCAAAGGGGGUUCUCAUCACUUGCAUUGACGUCAUCAUUUUUACUGUGGGGUUGAAGGGAGGAAAAAACGUGCUUCAGUCAAAAGCAGCAAGAGAGAGUUGAUUCUAUUUUUCAGUAUUUAAGUUUGAGCCCUGUUAUUCUUGCCCUUCUUAAGCCCAUCCUGUAUGCUUCUCUUCUCCCAUUGUGGCAUGUUCAAAUAUACGGGGGGUUGAGAUAUAGGGCUAAGCUGCAUUUUCAAAGGGGAGUCAAUGGGCGUAUGAUGUAUAUUUCUGUAUAUUUAGUGUAAGUACAG